AUGGAAGUGGAAGAGGAGGAGGCGGAGGAGGAACCGAAGGUCCUCAGGAAGCCGGCUGCGGCGUCAAAAGCUGCUGCCAAGGCCAAGGGCAAGGCAAAGGCCAAGGCCAAGGCGAUUGCCGAGGCCGAGGAGGAGCCAGCGCCGGAGGAGGAGGAUGAACCAGAAGAGGCUGAAGAGGCCGAAGAGGAGGAAGAAGAGGAGCAAGACGUGGCUUUGAAAAGACCUGCGAGUGCAGCCGCCGGCAAAGCCAAGGCGAAGGGAAGCGCCAAGGCGAAGGCCAAGGGCAAGGCGCCAGCCGACGAGGAAGAGGAAGAGCCUGCGGCAGAGGCCUCUGGCAGAGCCAAGGCGAAGGGAAAAGCCAAGGCGAAAGCCAAGUCCAAGGCGGUCCCAGUGGUGGAGGAAGACGUGGAGCCCGCUGCCGAGGUGGAUGAAGCUAUGGAGGAAGAGGAAGAGGAAGAAGACGAGGAGAUGGCCGACGUUGCGAUGAAGAAGCCGGCCGCGAAGGGAGCGCCGAAAGCCUCACCGAAAGCGGCUGGCAAAGCGAAAGCCAAGGCCAAAGCCAAGGGCGCAAAGGUUGUGGAGGAAGAGGAAGAAGAGGACGCCGAAGCUGAGGAAGAGGAUGAGGAGGAGGAGGAAGAGGACGAGGACGAGGGGGAGGAAGAGGAAGAGGAGGAAGAGGAUGAAGAAGAGGAGGAGGAAGAAGAUGAGGAGAUGGAAGAGGAAGAGCCAGUUGUCAUGAAGAAACCAUCUGCCAAAGCCAAGGACCUCGCCGUUGUCCUUCCGAACGAACUACGUGUGGACGAGGCGCCGAGCCCUGGAGCAACAGCCACCCACGAUCCCCACGGACGAGGCGUGCUUCAGGAGGUACCCCUGGGCCGGUUAUCAAGGCGGCUCCUCCGCCGCUAG